GUAUGCUACCGCUGUUUCCGAUGCUAUCCGAAGAUGUUAGAGCAAUGGCUAGGCAUUGUACGUUGGGUAUUGAGCCCAGAAUUUCUUCUGAGAGGAUCAUACUUCUGGAUACUCAGCCUUUGUUCAGUCCUUCUGUUUUAGCUGAAAUUAUGAGACCUGAUGGUUCAUCCACUGUUUCAGUUAUUAGUGGCGAAUCUCUAUCUGCUGAAUUGGCUCAUGAUCUAAUGAGUAUCCAGCUGGGCAUUCUUCUAGCGUCCAUUUGUCACAUUGUCCUUGUGAUAUCAGAGGGAUUUCAUGAUCUAAAUAUGUGGAAUUUGAUGUUAACGGUUGAUUUGCUUAAACAUGGCUUGCCCGAUCCGUCUUCUCCUAUUUUUUCUCAUCCACCAAAUUCUAAUGCUGGAUCCGAGAAGGAAUACAAAGAUAAAACUUCUACAACUGAAGAAUAUAUGGCAACUCCAAUCUUUGUCCAUGCGAAAGUACAAGAUCGAGAUCUAGUUCCACACAAUAUCUUGCAACUAAAGAGAGCGUUUGCACGGUAUUUCAGGAGUUGUUCAUUUAUGGGAGACAAAUUUGAAAAGAGCCAUAGCGAGCAACCAGUUUCCAGUGUGGUUCCUGAUGCUAGAAAUUUAGAUGUAGAUGGUGAAGACCGAAGGCUGGUGGUGAUCCCAAUUUGGAACAAGGAUGACUCUACCAGAGGACAAUAUGAAAGUUUUAACUUAGCUCUGUGGAAGUUGAGGGAUCAGGUUCUAUCGAUGAACGGUGCAUCAUUUUCGAGGACAGUCUCGGAACGUGAUUGGUUAAAAAACUCAGCGAAGAUAUGGGAAUUAGUGAAGAGUUCUCCCAUCGUAAUGGAGUAUGCCAAAACGCUUCAAUCUUCAGGUAUGUUCAGGAGAUAACUGGAUGGCCUCCCAUUCCCAUUUUCAUAUUUCCAUAAUCCUUACGGUUCGGUUCGGUUCAGUUUGUAAAGGAUGGUAGAAGCAUGGUUUGAUUUCAUACCCCCUUAAUCCUUAGUAUUAGGCUUCGUUUAUCACUAUUUAUCCUUUCUACUCAUCUGAUUUCUUUUGUUCUACUUCAGCGAUCAUGGUAUAGAUUUUUUUGUCUUUUUUUUUUUUCAUUUUUUCUUGUAAGAUUCGGGGUUUGUACUGGCAGAAAGUUGGUUUCGGGGUAGUUUCAACAGUCAUUUACGAAUGGAUGGAAAUAUUCCCAACCAUACAAUUCGUACUAAGAUGUAUGAUCAGUAGUGAUUAAAUGAAUUUUAACAUCAAGUAUCCAUAUAAAGUAAUGGUUUUUUAGGA